AUUUGAAUAUUUACUGAAUCUAGACUUAGCUAGCCUGUCGCUUGUCGUAAAGUUUAGACUUAUAAAACGUAUAAUAUUCUGAGGUCUGUUUGAAAUAUUUACUUUAUAUUUUAUUCGUUUAUACUGUAUGUAGAGUAGUUGAAAAGCAAUUACUGUACUUACACUACUUGGUACAUAACAUUUUAUCCCAAGACAUGUCUGCACAUAAAAACAAAAGUGAUUCAGGUCAAGAGAAUGUAACCGUGGUACUAACACCAAGAAGGGUUGCUAGAAAUAGACUUAAACCAAAGCGUUAUGAUGAAUUUCUGGAUACAUCACCAUCAAAACGAAGAAUACAGCCAUCAGAGAACUACAGUUCAGAAGAAGAGUUUGUGAUUGACACACCUGCACCGAAACCCAAAGCACUCUUUGGAGGCGACGAUGUCGAGGGGCAGGAUAUGUUUAAGUUCAAAUCUCGCCACACUAAAUUGGAUCUACACAACAAAGUCCAGGAAGCUGUCACCAAUUCACCAGUGCUCAAUAGUCCUAUGAAAACACCCAGGGUAGUUUUACAGCGUCUAUCAAAAGUUGAAGCAACACCUAAACAAGUUUUUAACAUUAUGAAAAAGAGAAUUAUUCAAGAAAUAGAAAGUGACAGUAGUGAGACUGACUUUUCCGGUAGCAGCAGUGAAUACGCGCCUGAUGACAGUGAGAGUGACUCCGGGUCAAACGCUGGAUCACCAGAUGAGGACAGUAAUUCAAAACCAAUCCCAAAAACAGCAUUCAUUAGAAAUAAGAAUGUCCGGGUGAAGACGAAGGACUGUGAAUACAUCGUUGCACCAGACAAUUAUUUCAUGAUGAAUUCUAGUAAAACGAUUGCGACUUCAGACCACACAUUGGCCCGAUUAAAAACCACGGACCUCAACAAGGCAAUCAAGGACAUUGAUAUCGGCAUAUCAAAGGAGCACUCGAAAAAAAUUGCAGAGCUAAAUAAAAACUAUGACACCCUCUUUGACAAAUGGCUACACAUUCUCAGUGAGAAUUUCAACCUUAUUCUGUACGGCAUUGGGUCUAAACGAGAUGUACUACACCGGUUUCAAGCCCGAAUGCUGCAUGCCUCACCCUGCAUAGUUAUAAAUGGAUUUUAUCCGAGUCUUACUGUGAAGAGUGUUUUAGAAACAAUAAUAGUGAGUUUACUGGGGAACACACAUGUUCCAAGUGACGUGAGCGAUAUUGUUAGUGUUAUUGAUACACAGUUAAGUGACAGUGCUACAGACCUGUUUCUUCUGAUACACAAUAUUGAUGGACCGAUGCUGAGGAAUGGGAAAGCUCAGUCGAUGCUCGCGAGUCUAUCUGCGUUGAAAAACGUGCAUACGAUCGCGACUAUUGAUCAUAUUAAUGCGCCAUUAUUAUGGGACCACACAAAGCUAAUGAAGUACAACUUUACAUGGUGGGAUGUCACCACGCUGUUGCCAUACACCACAGAGACAUCAUUUGAAAACUCACUCAUGAGUCAGCGGAGCGGCGCGCUGCAGCUCUCGUCUCUCAAGAAUGUGUACCAGUCUCUCACCACCAACGCUAAGGGGAUCUUCAACAUCAUCAUUGAGUACCAGUUGGAGAAUCACAAGCAACCUCACUAUCAAGGUUUAGCCUAUAAAGAUCUUUAUUCAAGAUCUCGAGAACAGUUUCUCGUUAGCUAUGACUUAGCUUUACGAGCUCAGCUCACGGAGUUCAUCGAUCAUAAACUAGUAAAAAUCAAACGGACCGUGGAUGGAACUGAACGAUUAAUAAUACCAAUAGAAAGUGCCCUACUACAGCAGUUCUUAGAGCAACAAAACGAGCAGUAAUUACAGAUAUUAAAAUAAAACAAUUGAUUUUAUAA